AUGGCAAUAAAGGCAACACAUCUAGAGGUGGUGAGCGAUUUAUCGUCUGACGGUUUCCUGGCGGCGUUGCGACGAUUCGCUGCUAGACGUGGAUUGCCGGCCCAUAUCCACACUGACAACGGAACUAACUUUGUGGGCGCAAACAGUCAGUUAAAGGAAGUGUACGCCUUAUUUAAUUCGGAGAAACACAAAAAUUGUGUAGAAAGAUUCGCUAGCGAACAUCGCAUUAAGUGGCACUUCAUACCGCCAAUAGCACCGCACUUCGGCGGGUUAUGGGAAUCCACGGUAAAGUUGUUCAAACAUCACUUCCGUAGAGUGGUGGGCGACUCCUUAUUCACAUUCGAGGAGUUAAAUACGUUUGUAGUUGAGGUCGAAGGUGUCCUAAAUUCCAGACCUAUCACCUCCCUUUCCUCCGAUCCGAACGAUAUGUUGGUGUUAACACCGGCUCAUUACUUAAUUGGAAAGCCGCUAACGACCCUCCCGGAGGGCGAUUUAUCGUCUGUUCCAGCUAAUCGGUUGUCUUGCUGGAAACAUAUCACGAAGGUACGGCAAGACUUCUGGGCUCGAUGGUAUCUUGAAUACCUAAACGAGUGUCAAAAACGUCAAAGGUGGGACAAAGACGGACCGAAACUGAAGGUUGGAACAGUCGCACUCAUAAAGGAUAAGAACCUGCCGUGUUCACAAUGGGCAAUGGGUAAAAUCACCGAGCUACACCCAGGCGAGGACGGCGUAGCGCGGGCGGCCACCAUCCAAACGGCCACCGGGGAACUAAAGAGGACAACUAAGCUGCUGUGCCCAUUGCCAAUCGACUAA